CAAUCGACUGGUACCCUCUGACGGUACCAGUCUUAACAAUCGAUAGGGAAUAUUAUGUGAAUCUUAUUAUAAGGAUGACAGACCUCAACAAGCAAAUACCCCCAAAAAGUGCUAAAAUCGCAACAGGGGCUGUCGUCUGCGUCGAAAGUGAAAUUCGAGGAGAUGUGUCGAUCGGCGCUAGGACGGUGGUACACCCUAAAGCGAGGAUCAUAGCAGAGGCAGGACCAAUCAUCAUUGGGGAAGGCAAUUUAAUUGAGGAACAGGCCCUUAUCAUUAACAGUUAUCCUGAAAAUAUCAUGCCAGACACAGAAGAGGUGGAGCCCGUGACAAUGACAAUAGGAACCAACAAUGUCUUUGAGGUUGGCUGCGUGUCUCGAGCACUGAACAUAGGGGACAACAACGUCAUCGAGUCGAAAGCUGACCUUGGGAGGAACGUCAGCCUGACGAGCGGCAGCAUCAUCGGGGCCGGUUGCCAUGUCAACACCAGUGAGGUCAUCGCUGAGAACACGGUGGUGUACGGCGCCAGCGGCAAACGACGCGUGCAGAGCGAGAAGCCGCAGCCUCAGACCCUUCAACUGGACUUCCUCAUGAAGAUCCUGCCCAACUACCACCACCUGAAGAAGGCCGUCAAGGGCGGGACCACACCGGUCAGAAACUAACCCAAGGACUGACCUCAGACGGGCUGUAGUGAUGCAUCAGGCUUUAUCUUUACACAAACUGAUCCCUGAUCCAUGCUCACUCUGUCCUUGUAGCAUUCCGGGUGGGCCGCUGUUUGGGUACAUAACCUCGCACUAGGUAAUGUUUCACUGCUGCCAUAACUCCUCCAAAAUUCGAUUUUCUUACUUUUCUCUUGACAGGCCAAAUUGAUUUUUAGGAGGUGGAUGGGAUUUAUUCCUCAGACAUUUAGUAGUUUAGCCGUAGUGUAAUGGGCUGUGUUCGAACAAUAUUUAUGGCUGCAGUAGAAAUGCUGAGGUCAGCCGUUGUUUUAAGACGAUGGUACCUGCUGAUUUGCUUUAACGCUAGCUUAUGUUUGAAGGCAAUAUUAAGAGUUACGCCACAUUUGCCAACAAUGUAAUAAUUUAAUUUUUGUACGUGUUCACUUUUUUGAUUCGGUAGUUGACCGACAUCUCACUGUCAAAUAGAGGAUGAUCAUGAUAAACAUUUUGUUACAUUUCACCUUACAGCCACCUGGAGGCGCUAUCGAGCAACUAUUUCCAUCACGGUUUUGAUACAUCGUUUGUUUUGAGUCAGGGGAUAACAGAUUUCAAUAAAACACGGGCAGCAGAAUCUUUCCCCAUCUAUUAUUGUCAUUAGUAACUCAAUAUGAUUAACUUUGAUACAGCAAUCAAAUAUUCACUGAUUCCAACAGAACUAAACGACUAUUUUAUAUUCUAA